AUGAAUGAGAAAAAUAUGAUUAUUGAGAAAUUUGAAGAUUUGUAUGGAAUAAAACCUCAAGUUUUUAUUCGAUGUCCUGGAAGAGUUAAUUUAAUUGGUAAGAUUUUCAACAGAAAUUCUAGAAAAAAUAUAAAAACAGAAAAUAGAAAAAACAGAAGCCUGAAAUUUGGAAAACGUUUUGAAAAAUUGAGUUUUCGAGAGAGACCACCCACGCUGUCGGAAUUUUGAACCUGAUUAUCUAAGAUCUGGGAAACUAUUUUGAGACAAAUAAAGCGCCGAAAUUGUCACGUGAUUACAGUAAUUUUUAAAAUCAUCACAAAUCUGAACAGCCAAAAUAAAAAAAACAUCUUGAGCAAAAUUUUAAGAAAAAUUGACUUCACAUUUCUUUCAGUAAUUCGAAAUCCUGAAAACUUGUUUUGGUGCACCAGAAUUGAGCUCCUGCGAAAAUUUUAACAAUCCAAUAAUGUUUAGAAAAUUGAAAACUACAUUUGUGUUUCAGGAGAACACAUUGAUUAUCAUGGAUACGGUGUUUUUCCAAUGGCAAUUUCUGCAUCUACAGUAAUCCUUGCAGCUAAAAACGAAAAAAAUGUUCUGGAAUUCGCAAAUGUUGACCCAAAAUACUCGUGAGUUUUAAUUCGAGCAAGAUUAUUUUUUCGUCAGUUAUACAAUCAUAAUUAUAACAUUUUUUAGACCUUGGAAAUCUGAAUUACCAUGUGAAUGGAGUGGUUCAUCAUCUCCAAAAUGGUUCGAUUAUAUUCUUUGUGGAUGGAAAGGAAUUUUAGAUUAUGGAGGUUUUGAGCAAUUUGGAAUGUCAUUUUUAGUCACAGGUUUGAAUUUAUUCCUUUUUUUUAUUUUUCGAUAACUUGAUUGGUUUCAGGUGAAAUUCCUCCAUCAUCUGGUUUAUCAUCGAGUUCUUCACUUGUUUGUGCAUCAGCACUUUCAACUUUAUCUUUAUUAGUCGAAUCACCUUUCGAUUUUAUUUCAAAAGAAGAUUUUGCUCAUUUAUGUGCAACUAGCGAACCUUUAAUUGGUACUUUAAGUGGAGGAAUGGAUCAAGCAGCUGAAGUAUUAGCUGUUGAGGGAUCAGCUUUGAAAAUUGAUUUUAAUCCACUGAAAUCCAAAAAUAUUCAACUUCCUGAUCAAUCGAUAUUUGUAGUUGCUCAUUCAAAUACAGAAUUAAAUAAAGGAGCAACAUCACAUUAUAAUGAAAGAGUUAUUGAAGGGAGAAUUGUUGGAGAAAUAUUGAAAAAACAUUUGAAAAUUCAAACAAAUAGUUUUCGAUUAAAAGAUAUUCAAGAAUUAUCAAAUAAAAAGUUUAGCAGAAAUGUUGGAAAUUAUUGAAAAUGUUUUGCCGACUGAAGUAAACAAAGAAGAAGCUGAAAAAUUGAUUGGAGCUGACAAAUUGGAACUUUGUUUGAAUCAUAACACACAACACUGUAAGAAUUUUCAAUUUUUAUAAAUCUGGGGCCACCAGAAAAUAAGUUCUUACUUUUAAAGUGUAACAAUUUAUUUUGAAAAAAAAACGUAAUCGAACAUGUAGUUUUUUGAAAUUUCGUGAAUCUAAACUUUUUGUCAAAAAACAAACAGUUUUUUAUUUUUUCCGACUCUAAUCACUUACUAAAAUGAAUAGAUUAAUUUUACAGUAGCUUCAUUCAAAUUGUUAUCUCGAGCCCGACAUGUUUUCAGUGAAGCGAAACGAGUUGAAGAUUUUGAAAUAGCUUGUGAAUCAAAAAAUAUUGAAGAAAUGGGGAAAUUGAUGAAUGAAAGUCAAAAAAGUUGUGCUUUGGUGAGUUUUCCGAAGACUAGAAAAAUAUAGUAUUAAUGCGAUAUCAUCGGACGGAAAAUACGCAAAUUUUGAAACCUAUGAAAGUAGGUUAAAUAUUGUUCCAGAAUUUCGGAAACCUAAAAAAUCAUUUUUUUUCUCUUGUAUUUACGAAAAAUUAGUUUCAUAAUCUGAAGUUCACAAAAACAUUGUAGACUCCAAAAGUGUCCAGAAUUUUUUUUAAAUAGAAAAUUGCAAUAAAAUCCUUAUUUUCAUAAAUUUUAGUUCAAAUUAGAUGUCUUUCUAUUUUUUUCAGUUCAAAAAUUCAAAAAAUUGAAUCGAUAUUUGAGAGAAAAAAAAUUUCAGGCUCAAGGUAUAUUUUUUCAGGACUAUGAAUGCAGUUGUGAUGAAUUAGACGAUCUUUGUUCAAAAUACAUUUCAAAUGGUGCAAUUGGUGCUCGUUUAACUGGAGCUGGUUGGGGUGGCUGUGCUGUCGCAUUGUUUUCAUCAACAACUUCUUCAUCUAAACUUGACAAAUUGGAACCAUUAUUCGUGUCAAAACCAGCUGGAGGAAUUGAAUUCGAAAAACUAACAUGA